AUAUUUAAAUACAAAUGCUUACCGCUUGCCACUCGAGAUGGCGAAGCGGUGGAGAAUUGCGCGUAAAUUCGUUGCGGUCUUGGUGUUGCGCGUCAUCAACAUAAUCGCCGUCAACGGGCCGUCAACAACAUCAAACUGCCAGCAAAAUGUUGCUACUGUUUCCAGCGGCAGCAGUCCAACGAAGACCAAAACCAAAACAACAACAACAAGGAACACAACCACAUUGGCAACGGGGCAAAUGUGAAGAGGUUUUUUUUUUUAUGAUGAGCGAAGCACUCUCAACUACCUCAGCAAUCCAUGGACCCAACAAAAGCGUGUCAAACAUACCUUGCAAAAACUGUCGGAUGUGUGACCAAAAACAAAAAAAAAAAAAAAAAAAAAAAAACAAAACUAUAAGAAUAAGAAAAGAGACAACAUACAUAUUUAUAUUGGAGUAUACGACAGUGUAAAAUCGGGCAAUAAUGCGGCCGGUUCUGUUUCAAUUUUACACAGUUGAGACUAUACUGAACAUGUUGAUCAUGUUCUAUCAUAUACGCGGAUUUCUGGCACAUCCGUUGGAUUUUCUGGAAUUCUGGCAACAGUUUAUUCAUUAUUUCUUCUCUGUUUCCUUUUGUAUUUUCACAAUAUUAACUCUAUUCGCGAGUAUCAACAUUUGCACCGGACACCAGUGCUCCUUGAGUGAGGAAAUCAUACGCACCGUAUGCGGCUUUGUAUUCUACAUAACCAUUUCGCUGCUCACGCUGGAGAAUGCGGAAUCGGACUUUCAUCUGAUGUACCUAAUAAUUGAGCACGAACCGGAGGUGGAGCGACCAAUGCAUCCGUUCUUUGAGUUUAUGCGCGCCCAGGCGGCAUGCGCUCUGACCUGCGGGGUCACCUAUUUGCUGCACGCCAUCGUUGUCAUUGAUGUGUCAUUGUCGAACGAGGACGACUCCGAUUUCGAGAGAAUGGUUGAUGAUUCCGAUGAGUACACCGAGAAUGUUGAAUAUAUACCCGCCCGUCUCUAUCUCCUGGGCGAGUUGGUGCAAACGCAUCUUGAGCAGUACGAAUGGUUUUAUAAUUUUGAACGCGGUGCUCCGCUGCCCAUUUAAGAGUUUUUCUAAAAAACCUCAACAAUCCUGGCAAUCCAAAAAGCUGACAAAAAUCAAACAUUCUAUGCGAAAACUGUCGAAUGUGAGCACAAAUAAAAAUCAGUCUUAAAUCUAUAACUACACCAA